AUGGCCUAUGAAUCUGAAAGCAAUAAAGUUCACAUUCGCAAUUACAUCAAUCCUGCUGAUGGCGAAUUCGGAUUUGGUACAAAUACUUUAUUCAAAUAUUAUGAGAGAAAGGUCUACGGAUUAAAAAAAUGCUGGAAAGAAGAGACAGAACUAGCAAUACAGAAUCAACAGUUGUAUCUACAAUUCAACGAUGCUACCUUUUAUCCCGACCCAUUACCAAUUGAUAAAGGCGUCCUAGGCUAUUUUAUAUCUUUUACUAUUAACAUGGACAACUAUCAAGGGCAGAAAAUCGACUAUGUUGAAAGUACUUAUCAUGAUAUUGAUUCUUUUAUCGAUGGUCGACAUUUAACAGUACGUCGGUAUGAAGCUCGUGUCAAAGGUUUAAUGACUCCAAAUCCGAUUCCAAUGUGUGCUGCUCAAACUUAUAUCACUAAAUUAGUCAAUCGAAAUCCCAAAGUACUUAAAUGUAUCGUUGUUGAUAAUAAUGGUAAUCGAGUAUUAAUUCAAGGCACUCUGUUUCGUGGUCGAGAAUUAUAUGUAUAUGGGCAAAAAGAUGCCGGUGAGCCAUUUGAUAGCUUUGAAAAAGUACCAAAAGUUGAUUUAACUCAUCAAAAAUCGAAGCUUUCUAGAGAUGCUAGUAGAGCACCUUAUAUUAAAGAUUAUGUAGAUCCAAAAGAUGGCAAGUUAGAGUAUAGUAACAAUACAGUCUAUCGUUACUUUGAAAGGCAAGUGCAUGGAUUAACUGGAUCAUGGGAGGAAGGAACUGAGGACGCAAUUACUAAUGGUAAUUUAUUCUUAAACUUGAAUGGCCGGAAAAUAUUUCCCGAUCGGCGUAGGAUUAAUAGAGGUAUUCGAGGCUAUUACGUCUCAUUUACCAUCGAUAUUGAUAAAGAACAAGCGCGUAAUAUUACUUACAACCUUAUUACCAAAUCUAACGUUGAUCAAUAUCAAUAUGAAGCAGUAGCGGAAGGAUUAUGGACACCCAAUCCCAUCCCAAAGAUUUUUAUUAGGAACUAUUUAAGCAAACUUACUACUUUAAAUAUAUCUGGUAUUGGGUACAUGAUAGCACCUAGUGCAAAAUCAAUCAAAAUUAAGAAUAUAGAAUCACUUGCUGAUAACCUUAUGUCUACGGUGACGAAGAAGCUGAUAUAG